AUGACUUCUCUAAUAUCUUCUCCAGACCCAAUACCACUUUCACCGACAUACUCCCCUUCUGGGCCAAGUCACCUUGAUGCUGAGGCUUUGACUAGCUUGAUUCGACAAUUAAGAAGAUCACCUGAAUCUUCAUCAGGACUGACUCUGCCUCCUAUAAUGGGAGUGAUCGAUGAAGAAGAUGAAGAUCCUUCCGAGAUCGGAGGAGAUGACGAAGACUCAUCCACGAUUCAUUCUGACAACUGCGAAUUUGAAGAAGAGGAGAUCGUCUGGAGCGAAUCUAUACUCUACACGAUAGAUGAGGAAAGCGAGGAAGAUUUCGAGCAAUCUGCAUCCGAUACUUCCUUCACCGUUGACAAUGACUUCGGAAGUGAAGAUAUCCCACCUUCUGAUAACGACAACGAAGGUGCACCUCCUGUAGAUCGAUAUUCGCCACCUCCUCCAAGUCCAAAUACGGCUUUGACACCUUCGCCGACAUUACCUGAAACCCCCUGCUUCCCUAACAUUCUCACCUCUCAUCCAAUUGAUCCUUGUGAUUCCGUAGGAGAUCUCGUCAGCUCGUCUACGAGUGAUCAGCAUGGCUAUACCUCCCAAGCCGAUGAUCAAUUCAACGACUCAUCAGAAAUUACGCCACUCGCUCCUUGUCCUAUUCCCGAAGUUCUGCCUUCACAAAGAAGGCGAAGAAGGACUCUGGGCGACUUGGAGAAGUACAGGAGAACCGCGAUAGAGCGGGCGGCAUGGACCACCCAUUGGGACAUCCAAGCUGCCGAGCUCAAGCGAAUGCAAAGAGAGCGAGAGUACGACGAGGCCGUUUGGAUGAACUCAAAUUCAUCUAGAGAAAGAUCCAGGUCCGGGGAGAGACAAAGAGGUAGAAGACCUAAGAGCAUAGUAAGAGCUCAAUCAUUUCCACCUACACAGGUCAGGUCCAGUAUACUCUCGUUGAGAUCGAACUGCCACGAUGACAUGAUCUGCUACGGGAACGGUGGAGAAGGUCAACCUCAAGCCUCAUCAUGGGACGAUGAGUCAGCAGAGAGCCAGGAUGAGUUCGAAGUGGAGCAUAUCGAAUUCAGUGAACCUGAUGAGACCAACGUCAACGAAGGCGUUGAAGGACGAGAUGAGAUUGAUGAGGAUGUACUUUCACCUCUAUCUGAUCAUAUCAAGACCCCAAUGCUUUCCGAAAACGGCCUGGACCGAAGGAUAUCAUUCCCUUCCUCAUCAUAUAUAUUUGGUGCCUCCUCCUUUCACGCUCCUGGUACGGGGAAAGAACCAAAUCAAGGUUUAGGUCUCGGCUUGAAUCUCAUGGGUAUAGCAAGAAUAGAUCAAAGGUGUCCUACCGUCACUCAGCCUGCAGAAGAAGACGGUUCUCUCGAGAAUGCAAAGGAUUUUGUGGCGACAGCAGAGGAUCAACCGCUAGAUGUCAACCUUUGGCGACCACGACUGCCAAACAUCAAGGUCGAUCUACAAGAAGUAUCGCUGUCGUCAAUCAUACCGAGUCGGCCAUACAAAGACCUCCUACUUGCCGGAAAGGAUCAUACAGCAGAAGUACAGGAGAAGAAAAAUGCAAGAGGACUAGAAACCAAUAUAAUCGAGGAUGGAAGAGUAGGGUCUGGUGCGAGUCUCGACGAUCCAAAUAGGGGAAGAUCCAGAACCUCGCCUACGUCCAAAACCUUGAACUCACCCUCCAAGCUCUUUUCAGUCUCCCUACCUUCAUCUCGCUCAUCGACCAGUUCGCUUCCUAGUCUUUCGCGGUCUUACGCGGUCUUACCACAGAGGGAAAGCUUAAAUCCCGAACUCCAGUCUGCCACUUCUUGGAAAUUUUCACACAGCUCGCCAGACAACCAACAAUCUAUGUCCUUUAAUCCCCAAAUUGAUGCAUAUCAAUCAGAAACUCGCCCUGAAUCUUCUCACCAACGAGAAUCUCAAGGCGCGUCACCAGACGACAGCGAUAUAAUUCAAGCUUGGGAUGAGUUUGUAGAUACUGUCAACGCAUCAAGCGUAGAUUGGACGGAUCUGGAUUCUGACGAGGAAUAA